AUGGCUACCAUGGCCGCAGCCCCUUUGAACCCUCGCCGUUUCCCGGUGUCCGGGUUCACCGAACUUGAUCCCGCAGUACCUAUUGAAGAGGAGUUGCUGCCGGACUACAUUGCAGAAAUGUAUUAUCCCGUACGUAUCGGAGAAGUGCUCAAUGGCAGAUAUCAGGUUGUCUGCAAGCUUGGAUAUGGAACAACUUCCACAGUAUGGCUUGCUCGCGACCUCCGGAACGCGGACGAUGGCUUCACCUAUGUUGCAUUGAAGAUAUAUGUCAACAGAUAUAUCAAACGUGACGAGACAGCCAUCUAUGAUCGGAUCCAUGCUGCAUCCAAUGUGGAAAGACAUCCGGGCUGCCGGUUUGUUCGUAAACUGCUGACGUCCUUCGAUAUACAAGGACCACACGGGAAACACCUCUGCGUUGUUCACCAGGCACUUGGAAUGAGCAUGGAUCAGCUUUUGCGAUGCUUUCCUCGACGAUCUAUUCCAAUGGACUCAAUGAAGCGAUGUCUCCGCCAGUUCCUUAUCACACUGGACUUUCUACAUACCGAGGCCGGAAUCAUACACACUGAUCUCCAAUCUAAGAAUCUGCUCCUUCCCGUUGAUGAUGUUUCGACUUUCAAGGAGAUGGAGGAAGAUGAAUGCAAGAAUCCAUCUCCGAGAAAAGUCCUAAGGGAUCGCUCCAUUUACAGCAUGCGUAGGCUGCCUCUUCCGAACGGAGGGCUGCCCUUGAUCUGUGAUUUUGGAGAGGCCAGGGUGAUGAACGAGGAGGGACAUACUGACGAUAUCAUGCCCGAUAUCUACAGGGCCCCCGAGGUCGUUAUGCACAUGAGAUGGAAUGUAAAGGUUGAUAUCUGGAGCGUUGCGAUGGUGGCCUGGGAUCUUGUUGCUCCCCACCCCAUGUUCAACCGUCAGCACCCAGAGACUGGAGAACCUGAUGAUAGGUAUCUCAUUGCGCAGUUCGCCGCUAUCCUGGGCCCACCACCUGUCGAAUUCUGGAGCCAGAGCAAACUAUGUCAGGCCUUUUGGGAUGAAAAUGGGAACUGGAAAAAUGUGGUUCCUCUCCCAGAGAUAUCUCUCGAGGGGCUAGCUGCAGAUAUUGAGGGUGAAGAUGUGCCAGGCUUCCUACGCUUUCUGCGGAGGAUCCUUCGCUGGCUCCCCGAGCAGCGUCCGACGACCGAGGAGCUGAUCUACGAUCCAUGGUUGCUAGCGGGCCUUGGAAGUGGAAUCCAGGGACAAAUCAAAGCUGACAAAGACCCUCUGCCUGUGAGCUGA